CUACCAUGAGCGGCACAGAAGACGACUCAGAAACAGCAUCGGGCGCCGCAUUCCCGUUUCUGCGGCUCCCCCUCGAACUGCGCGAGCAAGUCUACUCGCACUACUUCCACCCGGGCGACCACCUGGUGCAGAACGCCGAUCUCGAGGCCCGCGGCUUCUACGGCGGCGUGUACCGCUGGGACCUCAGCGUCUUGCACGUGUGCAAGCAGGUGUACGCCGAGAGCAAGAAGGUGUGGCGGCGCGAAAAUGUCUUUGUCAAGGUGGCUACGCCGUGGCCCAGUGCGGUUCUAGUCAACCAUAUUUCGUCUGAGGGCCUCGUGCCCAUUGUAUGCACCGACGCAAAAGCAGACGCCUUUGCAGACCACCAUGCCGUCGUGCAGAUUACCGCGCCGUUCCAUGGCGUGGUCCCCGAACACACGGUCGUCAUGCUCGUCGACGACUUGCAUCUGUUUACAAAGACGUGGUACUACAGCGCGCUGUCGUAUCCCAUGCUGAACGAACGCCUUUCGACGACAUUUAUUCUACGGAAUCCCGCGAAGACCGGCACUGAAUUUUCUCACGACGACGACGACGACGUUGCUGCUGCUACGGCCCCAGGCCAGAAAGAAGGCCUAGGUGUACCCAUUGCGCUGCAGAAGAAACUCCUCCUCCCCUUUGAGCACGUCAAAGGCCUCCACGGCAUCCGCAUCUACGGCUACUCGUCGUCGGUAAAAGCAGAACUCGCCCGCCUGCAAGCCCUACCCGUCCCCUCGCUCCAGGAAUCGCUCGAGUCGGCAACAGACCUAAUGGCCGCGGGGGACGCCGCGCUCGCCACGCACACGCCCAGCAAAGAAGACGCCGCCCAGCGCGCCCUAGACCUCUACAAACAAGCCUUCCACGCCAUCCACAUCCUCAUCCACGGCCGCAGCCGCCGCGUCCUCGCCGACGUCUUUUUUCACGACACCAUUCCCAGCGGCCGCUACGCCGGCCAAACAGGCCUUACCGUGCGCGUUAUCCUGCGCCUCAAACUCGUCGCCCGCACCAUCGCCGCCUACAACCAGCUUGCGCAGUGGCACGAAUCUGCCUUCUGGGGCAUGCGCAGCGCUCACAUCCUCGACGACAACUUCAACCCGGACUUCGAAGCUUUCCUCACUAACGUCCUCGGCGCCGCGGAUGUCGCGCUCAUCUACCUGCGCACCGCAAUCGCCUUCUGGCAUAUGGAGACGCAUAAAGAAGAUUGGCUCGGCGAACUGAUUGCCUAUGCCGACGAGGAAAUGGCAGAUAGCAUCAAGUUGUGGGCCAAAGCUCGCGCCUUUUUGUUUAGGAUCUCCAAGAACGAGGUUAGGGCUGAGCUCAAGGCGUACGGUGUCCCCCAGGAUGUCAUGGAGGUGUUUACAGAUGCGUAGGCGGGGUAUGGGGGUGGUGGGGCGUGUGAGGCGGGUGCGUGAGAGGAAGAGUGUGGUUGUGGUUGUGGUUGGGGUUACAUACAUACGAGUCAUGAGUAUAAGUAUGUACAUCGAUAGGCAGAUAGACAGACAGAUAGACAGGCGAAGCAAUACGGCAAGUACACAAGGUAUGUGUGAGUUUGGUUUUAGGCUGGCUGUAUUCAUUCGGCCUCCAGAGUUUAGUGUUUUUUCUUCAUACUU